AAACAGAGACGACCCAGAGGGCAUAUGAAUCCUUGGUGUUAAGAUAUUGAAGACGCUGUGACAUCCUUUUAAAAAACAAAGCCGAAUUGAACUAUUGCAGUACUACCUGGUAAUAACUAACGGUGAAGGAACGAACGCCAUGGUGGAGAUUGGAACGCCGCUGUCGAUUUGGAUUCAGCUGGGGAACUUGUGCUUUUUGAUGGUAGGCCUGUUUUCCGACUUGCUCUGGAUUCGGACCUUUUUGUGCUUUGCAUACAUCUUUUUUUGGCUCAAUGCCUGCGUCGGAGGUCCCUUGUGGCCCGACGUGAGCAACCCAGGAACCUUUCGAUUGGAUGGCUUUCUAUGGGCCACGGUCAAUCUGUACAAUCAUGGCUCUGGGUUGAUACGAUUGUUCUUGGACGAAAUGCCCGUCAAGUUUGCGAGUGAGGAAGAAGAAGCGCUCUGGAGGUCCUUUUAUCGCAGAGGAGGCGCCUCCAAAAAGGUCUUUCAGACGACGGUGGCAAAACACAUGACGGUGAAGCGAUACGGCAAGGGGGAAGUGUUGCCUGAUUCGGAACAGUUCUUGCACAUUCUCUAUUCUGGAAAUUGCCAACUACAACUGCUAAAACAAGACAAAAGUGAUGAUGAGGUGGUGCAGCAUGAGCGCAUUGUCAUCUCGGGACGCGUGUUUCAUUUCAAGCACUUGAAGCUCUUGGACACUACGCUCGAUCAACUGGUUCUCAAAGUCAAAGCCUUGACCGACAAUGUGAUUGUCUUUGAGUUCCCAGCAAAGCUCAUGCCCGAUAUCGUAUCCGAAAAUCCUUCCAUUCACAAUGCCUGGCAACUACUGAUGAUGGAUACCGUGAGUCAACUCGCAGACGCACAUGUCCACGGCACCAACAAGUCAUUGCCCUUGGAGCACAACCGCAUGGUACCCACUUCCUUGUUGGAGGACUAUAUCGAUCCAAGAUUCUUGCCCUUGGCGGACUGGGAACAACCUCCUGCCGUCUUGGCGGGAUUCGGACGGGUCCUCGAACAUAUUUGGCAGAAUUACAAGUAUUCCAUGAAUCGCUUCUUCACACCUCCGUGGCCCAUGAUGAUUCAUCCCAUCGGACUACGACACCAAAUGAUGCCGGCUCCACCGCCACCGCCGCCGCCCGAUGCGGAUGUCGAGGAGGACUCGGUUGCUUCCAAACAAUUGGCAUCCAGUAUCCGUAGCGCCUUUGUGGCGGAUGCCUAAUAAAGAAAAAGCAGGUACCGUUUCAACAAACCCAGCAAGCAUGCUGUGAGAGAUGACUUGUCAAGGGUUAAAACGGACAACUUUAGCAACCAAUCUAUACAGGAACGUACAGGGAGAACCACUCCAGAACGACUAGGCAAAAUGCAAGGCAUCCUUCAGAGGUGAGGACUCAGCUGCUGGCUUCUAAAUUUUCUACUACAUAAACUGUGUCUAUUUGUAACAAGUAGCGAAUACUACCGAAGAUUUGUA